AUCGCAGAUUGCGUGAGGCGCAUUCACGCGCUGAAUCUCCCUGGAAGCGCCUCUGGUCCGGGGGUCAGAACUUGUUGCCGGACAAAGGGAUGGGGUGCAACUCUGUACUCCCAGCGACCAUCCCUUUGCUCGCCUCUAGUCGACCUUGUAGGAGUGAGCGAGCGACCUUUCAUCGGUACAUCAGUAGCGCAGUGCGCUCUGAUAGAUGUUCCGUAGUGUACUAGCUAGAAGCUAAGCGGUACUAUGGCAAGAAAUUACGGGGAUCUAAGAAGAAUAUCGCUGGCCUUAAUACUUCUCCUGCGAAUUGCCCUAGCCGCAAAUCUCCCUCCCAACGGGUGCCACGUCCAAGCCGUGUGCUCUCGCCUCCACACCUUCCGCGAUGUGAAUAUAACGGAGGGCAACUUCAGAAACCAUACGCUGAUUGGACGGCUCAAAGGCCGGUUCAACAGUCAGGGCGGCAGAUUCAAGCCGCACGAGGCGGGGUCAGGCCCGCUCAACCUCGAAGUCUUUCAGGACGUUGGUAACCACGUGGACAUCGUGCGAGGCGCCAGCGGAGGCACGCUGGAGAGCUGCUGCAGAGCGUGUUCGGGCUCCAACGCCUGCCACGCGUACCACUUCUUCCACAGCAGACGGCUAGCCGAUAAUGCUAACGUCCGCGGCUUCAUUGACGGCGUGCAGUGCUACCUGCUGGCGAGGAACGCGGGGUCCGGAUGGACUGCGGGGAGGCGGCAUCCUUAUAGCGGGGAUGGACGGGAGCAGGGUGCCAUGGCGGCAUACUUCCCUCUUAGCUGGGUGGGCGGCUCAUGUGACACGUCCCGCCUGCACAAUAACGACCCGCACAUCACCGGCACGCACGGAACGCUCUUCGACUUCCCCGGGCAGCUCGGAAAAUCCUUCUGCCUGCUUUCCGACCGUCGGAUCCACGUCAACGUGCUUCUGCAGAGCCACCAAGCACCGGAAUCCGCAGCAGCAGCGGCGCUGGCGGCAGCAGGCAUGCCGAGGAGAGUAGCGCGUGCAAGCCUGAAUGCAUGGGUGAAGGAGGUGGGCGUGGUGUGGGUGUCAUCUGCCGGCAAGCAGCACUCGCUGCGCAUGGUUGCUCGCAAGGGCAACCAGCAGGAGAGGGGGACCAAUGGCUUCCUGGCUCUGCUGCAGGUGGACGGUGCUGACGUGGCGGUGCCGCCCUCGCUGGGCGGCAUGCCAGUGGUGGCGGCAGAUGGGAGUGUGGUGAUAAGGAAGGUGGAGGAGGAUGAGGAUGGGCCGUUUGAUGUGGAUACGUAUGAGAUUGCGUUGGAAGGGCUCGGGAAGGUCUAUGUGACUAUGAGGGUGGCUCACCCUGUGCUGCAGACACCAGAAGAAGCAGAGGCGCAUUUCGCUAUUCGGCUUGCUGAGUUCAAGACCACCUCGGCUUCUAGAGGGGUGCUGGGUCAGGCUCUCAAUAAAGUGAACCUAGACGACCGAGGUACUCUGAGGUACGAUCACCUCUCGGAGCUGCUUCACCACCCUAUAGCAGGAAUAAGCACCAGCAGGCGAUCGUCCCUGCAUGGAGCUGACUACGUGACCCCAUCUAUCCUGAGUACAGGAGUUGGAGUUCAUUGAGUUUGUACGGCCACCACUAACAUCACUAACACCAUUCAGGUUUCAGGACGCAACCUGCAUCCUCCUAGAUUAUGUGUCCCAUGGCUUCCAAUUUGAAUAAAUGGAGCGAGGCAAUCAACGACUGGAAGAGUUUGCUUUUGGGUAAUAGGAAGUUGAGAAUGUUGAGAGCGCAAUCGAAGCCAUAGC